CACUCUGUUCCCUCAGUAUCUGGAGCCUCAACUGUGUGCGCGGUAGCAGGUUCCCCUCUGACGGAUCGGGGGCAGGGGGUGCUAUCCGCAUAGUCCUGCAGCUGCUGCCCCCUCCCUGGGUGUUGCAUACGGGGAGAGCUGGGCUGGUGCCCAUCGCUGCAGAGUGAAUAGCGCCCCCCCACCCCUGUGAAUGGGGCACCUGUUCCUGCGCUCCUGAGCUCUGGGUUCUCCCUCCCCUCCCUAGCCCUACAGAGAGGGGCUUGUAACUCGCCACACCUACCAUAGUUUAGUGACUUUUCUAUUGUUGCUUGUCCCUUUAUCUCACUAGGCUGAGGCCAGGCUCACCAGACUGCCAUUGCCAGGACAGCGCUACUUUCGAGAUGACUGCUGAGGAAUCCCAACCCUUGUUGAGCUCCAGGAAGCCAAGUGAGCAAUGGCUGCUGCCUGCUGAGAGCGUCCCUGUCCUGGAUGUCUACCUGAGCAAAGUCCAGAACAGAAAGCUGUAUCUGGCCACCUUUGCUGCUCUCUUGGGACCCCUCAGCUUUGGAUUUGUCCUAGGUUACAGUUCACCAGCUAUUCCCGAUCUGAAGAAAAUUAGUGACCCUAAAUUAAGAUUAGACACCAACGAAGCAUCAUGGUUUGGGUCUGUAGUAACAUUAGGAGCUGCUGCUGGAGGAAUACUGGGAGGCUGUAUGGUGGAUAAAGUUGGGAGGAAGCUGAGUUUGAUGCUGUGCUCAAUACCAUAUGUCUCUGGGUUUACAAUUAUCAUAUCUGCCCAGAAUGUCUGGAUGCUUUACAUUGGACGAAUAUUGACUGGGUUAGCCAGUGGCAUUACUUCACUUGUUGUUCCAGUGUAUAUUUCUGAAAUAUCCCACUCAAAAAUUCGAGGAACACUUGGCUCAUCUGUUCAGCUGAUGGUGGUGACUGGUAUACUAGGAGCUUAUGUUGCAGGAAUGGCACUCAGAUGGCGCUGGCUGGCUGUGCUAUGUUCUUUCCCACCUUGCAUAAUGCUCGUGUUCAUGUCCUUCAUGCCUGAAACACCUAGGUUCCUGCUGAACCAGAAAAAACGCACUGAAGCUAUGGCUGCUUUACAGUUUCUGCGGGGAUCAGAAGUGGACUAUGAAUGGGAAUGCAGGCAGAUUGAAACCCAUGCUGAGGAGCAGCACAGACUAAGUGUUGCUGAAUUUAAGAAUCCAUCUAUCUACAAGCCAUUUCUUAUUGGUGUUGCACUGAUGUUCUUCCAGCAAGUAACAGGGAUUAAUGCAAUUAUGUUUUAUGCAGAAACUAUCUUUGAAGAAGCUAAUUUCAAGGACAGCAGAAUGGCCUCUGUUGUUGUGGGUUCCGUACAAGUGUUUUUCACAGCUGUGGCUGCACUUAUUAUAGAUAAAACUGGGCGAAAAGUACUGCUUUCUCUUUCAGGGGUCAUUAUGGCUAUCAGCACUGCAGCAUUUGGGCUGUACUGUAAAGUGAUCCUUCCAAACCCUCAGAAUUCAUCACAAUCUGACUUAUUGACUACACUAAAUUCAGCAUCUGUAGGAGCAGAAAACAAUCUAGCAUGGUUGGCUGUAGUGAGCUUGGGGCUGUUCAUCACUGGUUUUGCCCUUGGCUGGGGUCCCAUUCCGUGGCUGGUGAUGUCUGAAAUAUUCCCACUUAAAGCUAGAGGGAUAUCCAGCGGUGCCUGUGUCUUAACAAACUGGUUUAUGGCUUUUUUAAUAACCAAGGAAUUUCAUGAUCUUACAGGCUUCCUGACGUCCUAUGGCACUUUCUGGCUUUUCUCUGUCUUCUGUAUUCUAAAUGUAAUUUUUACUGUCCUGUAUGUGCCUGAAACAAAAGGAAGGACAUUGGAACAAAUAGAGGCUCACUUCCGAAGAUCACCUGCACCCUGAGGAGGUUUACCCUGUAGGAAAGUUUCCUAUUAGGUUACUGUUAGUGUUAUUGCCUAAACUUUUCCAAGAAACAUCCUCUGGGUUAGUAGGCUGCACGUGAAUUCAUGAUGUGGUUAAACAUGGUUUAAAUCAAUUUCUAAUCAAUUUUUUGUUAACUUUGGCAAAAAUCUGAAUUGCACUGUGGAGAACCAAAACAUUUUUCUCAUAUGCAUGUAUGCAUUCAGCUUCUUUCAGGUUUACAAAGCAGCAGGUUGUGCCAAUUCACUGUGAUACAUGAGUUCUCUCCUUUUCCCAGGCCUUGGCGCUUCAUUUAGGCUGUCACUGUUUUUCUCUUUCCAAUAUUCCCUUUACCUACUUUAGAUUAGUUAUGAAGGCUGAAUAACUGCUUUUACUGGAU